CGCACUUUCUCAUCUACCAUUUCUCCAAGCCUUCCUCCUGUUUUGGCAACACUUGCUACUCUAUUUAUCACUAUUUCGGCUUCCACUCCUCCUAUGGUGGUUCGACCGCCCACGGCCAUCAUCAACAUGGGACCCUUUCUAGCAGACAUUAAAUAGAAAAUUCUGAAGAAGACCCAAAGCUGCGAUCCAAUCCUUUCCUUUGGUAGUUACAUGUUUUUCAUAAAGCUGGGAGAUGAUAUCAUAAGAUAAUUGACAGGUUGCUCUUUUGAUUUUCCAAUUUUCCUUAUUUUGAGAUUAGGUAUUUUGCUCCUUUCAGUCAUACAAGGUUUUGAUGCUGGACGAAUCCAUUGAGUUCCUUAAAUCACUUCAGCAGCAAGUUCAGUUUGAUAAAGAAAGAAUGAGGAAUUGCCAAGGACACACAAGUUUAUGUUGGUGCCUGAUCUCCACCUCUUCCUGGAUGAUGAUUCUUGAUGUUUUCAAAUAUGGAGUUAGGUGAGCUGAUGCCUCUUGUUGCUACCAUUUACUCUUUGGUCCAAUGUGUGUCCAGAGAAGCGUAGAUUAUUUUGUGUAAGCAAAUUCUUACUUUGAUUCUCAUUAUUAUUUUUUGUUAAUGUUGUGUGUGUGUGUAUAGAUAUUCUCAUUAUGUGGGUGUAUACAUGUGUGUGUGUGUCCGCCUUGUUGAAUUUUCAAAAUAUAUUGAUUGAUGCCUUCAAUUGUGUUAAGUAAUUCUCCUACAUGAAACUUUCAUUCCAAGCGUGUUCAACUUUUUCUUUAAGAGUUGGUUAGAUAUUACUAACUUCAUGUAAUAACUUUUAGGGCUUCACUCUUACCGUUUGAAUGCAUGUAAUUUGUUCUAAAAUUCAUUGCAGUGAAAAGCUCUUACUCCUUGAAUCCAAAGGCAGCACAUGAAGCCCUCCUUUUUUUUCUUUUUAUUUCUGGGGGCAGGGGUGGUAAAAUAUUAUGGAAUACUUAGGCCUGAUAAAGUUAUUCCAUUUCCAUUUUUUUUUUAAUACAGCUAAGGAAAUUAA